ACGCCAGUUUAGCGCCUUGCGGAUUUUAAUUAAUUUUGUAGCGAGAGGAAGAAGCAUAUAUAUGUGUAUAUUUCGCGAAAAUUGCUAAAACAUAACAAUUUAGAAGUUCAAAUCAACUGAUAAAAGUACAAAAAGUUAACAAACGUAUACAAGCGUCAGUUUUUGUGUAAAGCAAAUUAUCAGCCUUAAAAGCAACGUCGAAACAAUUUGAAAAAGGAUCUACAGGUUGCCGAACAACUGCACCAGGUGCAAAAAACGUGAAGGAACUUCUGUCAUUUGUUGGUAUCUAGAAAAUUCGCAUAAGUCAAGCACCAUGAGUAAGGACAUUUACUAUUCAGAUAAAUACUACGAUGAAAAAUUCGAAUAUAGGCAUGUUGUGCUACCAAAGGAACUUUCGAAAUUGGUGCCUAAAACGCAUUUGAUGACGGAGAACGAAUGGCGGUCUAUUGGUGUGCAACAAUCUCGCGGUUGGAUACAUUACAUGAUACAUAAACCAGAACCACAUAUUUUACUAUUUCGCCGACCAAUACAACAGUAAUAAUUAUACAUUACAUUACAAUACUAAUUAUAACAAAUCAACAGGACCAGUAACCCACCACGUUUUGCUAUUGUUAAGAUCUCGGGCGUGCUGCACUGCCAUAAUUUAAUUAAAAAAUAAUCCAAAAAAGUAAAUACUCUUAAUAAUUGCGUUCGCUGUUUCAAAGAAAAACCAACUAUGCGCAUAAGAAUAGUUAAAAUAAACAGUAACUCGCCUUUGUGUAUUCGUAUUGAAAACUCCGUUGUACAAAAUGGCUAAUAAAUUGUAAAUAUAAAAGAAAAAGGCGUGUGCCGGCCUGCCUGUUGCCUGUUCAAUAGCAUAGAUAUUUGUAACCUGAUCAUGAUUGCCAUAUAUUGUAUUUUGAAAGCCAUCACGGUCUGCAAAUAUUUUGAAUUUUUGAACAUACUCGUAUUACUACUAUUUAAGUUCACAUUCGGAUUAUGUUCAGUUGAGUCUAAUCCAUUUUUUCGCGCUUAAUUUAGCAUUAUAUUUUCAUCUACACAUUCAUUAAAUGUAUGUAUGUAUUUAGAUAAAAAAAUCCUAUUUUUUCUGAAUUUAGUGAAUAGGUUCUCUCAGCAUGUUUACAAUUCGAAAACUUUAUUGGCUAGUGUCUUUUAGUUAUAAGACUUUAUGAAAUAGUAGGUUUAUAAUUUUUACAAUCAAAUGCAUGCCACAUUUAUUGAUAUACAAAAUAAGAAGAAAUACACUAUAAAAUAAUGUUUGUGAUUUCAAUAAUAAUACAAUAAAUACAUAUAAUCGGCGUUUGUUUCUUAAAAUUUAAAA